AUGGCAACAAAACAUAAGGGUCAUACGAUAGGAAUCGAUCUUGGAACUACAUACUCGUGUCUUGCAGCAUGGGAAGAACAAAAUGGUCGUGCAGAGAUUAUUGUGAAUGAUCAAGGCAACAGAACCACACCUUCUUUCGUUGCCUUCACCGAUACUCAAAGAUUGAUUGGUGAUGCUGCUAAAAAUCAAGCCGCAGCCAACCCCUCUAACACCAUCUUUGAGGCCUAUUUGGAGUCUUCUGUGGACAAUGCAGUUAUUACAGUCCCUGCCUAUUUCAAUGACUCGCAGCGAAAACCCACCAAAGAUGCAGGCAUCAUUGCCGGCCUUAAUGUCAUCAGAAUCAUCAACGAACCAACAGCUGCAUCUCUUGCAUAUGGCCUUCGAAAGAGAGACAAAUUUAAGGCCACUUCCAGAGACACUCAUCUCGGAGGGGAAGAUUUCAAUAACAGAAUGGUGAGUCACUUGGUACAAGAGUUCAAAAGAGCAAGGUUUGAAGAACUCAACAGGGACUUGUUUGAGAAGUGCAUGGAGAUUGCUCAGAAGUGUCUUGAUGAUGCUAAGAUACAUGACGUGGUCCUUGUUGGUGGAUCUUCUAGAAUCCCAAAAGUUCAGAGUUUAUUGCAGAACUUCUUUGAAGGGAAGGAUCUUUGCAAGAGUAUCAACCCGGAUGAAGCUGUUGCUUAUGGUGCUGCAAUUCAAGCUGCUUUGCUUAGUGAAAGUUAUAGCAUUGUGGCAAACAUGGUACUAGUUGAUGUCACUCCUAUGUCUCUUGGUAUAGCCACUCAUGGAGAUUUGAUGAGUGUAGUGAUUCCGAGAAAUACUGCCAUUCCUGUUAAUAUGGGUUCUGUAUUUGUCACAAUUGAAGAUUAUCAAUCUGCUGCUACAUUCCCAGUUUAUGAAGGUGAAAGGUCAAAAGCUAGUGAAAAUAAUGAAUAUGAAUGCUCAUAG